UCUAGAGAUGCUCUUCACAAUUUUUUUUGAACUUUUCAAAAAUCUCAAAAUGAGUAAUAUGCAGUCCUAAGCUUUUAGUUAUUUUUCAAAGUUAUAAUCGUUGAAUUCAAUUCAAUAUUGUUGUUUAUUUAGCCAUAUAGUUGGUAGAGACAGUUAAAGAAGUGAUAAGAAGGAUGGUAUCAGCCGUUUUAUUAAUACAGAGUGCAACCCCAGAAACAAUAACACAGUUCCAUGAUCAAUUAUCCAAUGAAUUGCCAUCAUUGAAAGGGAAAUGGAGUUUUAAUUUCAAAAUAUUCCGUAAUAAUCCUUACUCAAUACAUCCAGAUCAAGCUGAAACUGCAACAGUGGCCACUGAGGCACAAUUUUUAUACACAUUAUCACCAUCAUAUCUAAACGAAUCAACCAUUACCCUUAUAAAUAAAAAAUCCGUAGGUGUAUUCACCAAUCUAAUAAAGGAAGAAACCACUGAGUUACAGCGAUCUCACGAAUUGAAUAUACCUGAUGAACAUUUACAUUUGGGAGCCACUACAGGGUUAAAUGAUCCAUUUGAUUUCUUUGUUUCUCAAAAACUUGAAAGUUUAUGGACUCAGAGACAACUUAUAAGAGGUGAUGGAGGCCAAAUAUAUGAAUUAGAGAAUGGAAAUUUAAUAAUCAGAACUUCAAAUGUGUUCUUGCACGGUAAUUUCAGAGGAUUACUUAUCCAAAUUGAAUUAAACAAUAAUUUGAUCACAAAUAUAAAAGAUACAAAAUCAUUCAAGGCAUCAUUUGAAAAGAUAAGUAAGAAGUAUGGUAUACCAGAAGGUGAUAUUUGUUGUGAUAUCUUAGAUUCCAAGUUCUUAGAUAAACAUGGUGAUUUAUGUUUACAAUAUUCAGAAAUAUUGAAUUUUUAAACCAAGUUUGAUUUACCGGAUAAGUCAUACUUGAUUAAAUUAGAAAGCACAAUCUCCAAAGAUGACUCCAAAUAACGCUAUACCUUGAUUAACAACUGAUAACAACCAAUUCCAGUACGAUAUCAUUGUUAUUUUGAGUAUAGA